GAAAUAUCAGAUGAAUCACAACUGUGGCCUCGUUCGAUAUACCACAUCCAGCUACAUGAUCCGCACUCUUUAGCUUGCAGGAGAAUACAACAGCACUGCAGUCAACAUGGACCUAGGCCGCCCCGUGAACCCGAACAGCUUUUCCUCGAAACUGGUCGCCAGGCUGGGGAAGACGUUUAGAAAAGAGGAGACGUACAGCGAAAGCAAGGAGGCUGUUGAGAAGCGCAAGAGGAAGGAGAAUAAAAAGCUGCGCAAAAGAGGCCCCGGCCCCCGGUUUGCUCCAGCAGACGAUGUGAACGAGCUGGGAGAGAGAAGCUAUGAUGUCUUCGGCGGCCAGCACACCAUGGCGGGCACGCGGAGGAAGACGCUAAAGGAAAAGGAAAAGGACCACGGCGAAAUGCUGCACGGCAUGAAUGACUCUGCGGAAACGCUGGUCGACCAGGCUGUCAAGGAGCACAAGGACGCCAAUGCUGUCCGGCGGCGCAGACGACAAGGUAUGCUCAUGUCGCCUGAGCACGAACAGCGCAUCGCUUCUCUCCCAGACGAGCUAUGGAAGCGCAUCGCCGGGUACCUCAAUCCCAUCGAUGCUGUACUACUGGCACAGUCGAGCAAGACAUUCAGGCGGAAAUUGGGUAUUCUGCCGUACCAGUCACUGAACCAGCCCGAGAACAGGCAUUACAAGCACACAUUUCUCCACUCCAUGGACGAGCAGUAUCCCGAUCAUCUGUUGUGCUUUCCAUGCAGCCAAUUCCACAGACGCACGCAAGCAGGGAAAGAGAUGCUGAAGAUGGACUAUGUCGGCAAUCCGAUCUUCUCCUGCCCUGCAGUGAAGUCCUCCGUUCUACCACGAACUCGACUCACAUAUGGACGCCAACUGCCGUAUGCUUUCGUCCAACUCGCGUUGCGUGCAGCUCGCUAUGGCCCCACGUACGGCAUUGACUUUAAUAAUCUCGCCCGUCGCUGGAAGUGCAAGGACAGCGGCUGGUCUCACCACACUCGCUACAUGAUCCACGACGAUCGCCUGUUGAUGCGAGUCGUCUCGCAAGCCUUUGCCCCGCCAGCCAAGGAACUCACGGAAACCGCUGAACGCCAUAUACUCUACGAUCGUGAAGAAUAUACGCCCUUCUUUUCUGUUUGUGCGCAUUGGCGUGAUGGCGACCUCAUGCGAAUUUGCAAAUGCAUGUUAUCGCAUGUCCCAUCGCCUCCCGAUCCCAUCCAUAAGCAACUGCAACGAGGUUUCAUCAUUGAUCGUGCAGCUGCACGACCAGACUUUAUUGUACGAGGUUGCGAUGAGUGUAGACCGGCGAGAAGAUGUCCGGAAUGUCCCACUGAAUAUCUGGUCGAGGUUCGACUGCUGGAGGAUAAGAAUGACAAGGACUUUGCAUUCAAGCAUGCGAUUGUGGUGACGAGGUGGAGUGAUUUGGGAGAUGGAAGCAGUCCUUAUACGUCUCCUGAGUGGACAGCGAUCAAUGGAGUGGAGAAUCAGAGGGAGAAGCAGGGUUAUCAGAGCUUCAGUAAUGUUGGAAGGAGAGCGGUUGGAGGGAUUUUCGAGAGCGCCAUGAGUGGACAUAUCCCGGGUCAACGCCUUUUGAGCUUGAACCCGAAGAACCAGAAGCUCGGUGAAGAUGGGCAUGGGUGGUACUAGCAGUACUGCCAUUUUCGCAAGAGUGAGGUAUCAUCAUCAUCGCGCUUGCGCUCAGUCUGACACAUAGUGCAAUUAAUCUCUUAUUUCCAGAAGUCUUGCUCAUAUGUAGCAACUUGGUCUAUGAAAUAUA